UGACACUAUUGAUCACCAUGUUGGCCCAAAUUCUGCGUGAUAUGUACGUAGAUCCUGAGCUGCUGGCUGAGCUUCCAGAAGAACAGAAGCAAAUUCUUUUUGUAAAAAUGCGAGAGGAGCAAGUGCGACGAUGGCGUUUACGAGAAGAUGAACUGGAAAAGAAAGAAGCAAUGAAUCCACCAAAACCACGUCCACAGAAAGGUAAGUUUCUACUUGGACUUGCAGUGGUUUUUCCUGAGAAGGGGGGUGGGGGGGUGGGAGGAAAUAUGGGUGUCCCCAUGUGUGUAUUUGUACAUUGCAGUCAAAUGAGUGCAGUGGAAGUAUGGCAGGGUUAUGUUGUGCUUGACUUGAACAUGAAGUUCACUCAUCCUGUCAAACAAACUAAACACACCAUUGUUACAAUGCAUAAAAAAGUCAUAGCAAAUGCAACAGAGAAUUUUUAUAAGAAGUGUCUUUUCUCAGGAGACAGAGUAAAGCUUUAAAGCAAGCAUUUUGAUGUGCAGCUUUGGAGAAAAGUAAUAAAAUAACAUAAUCUCAAUACUGCUUCCUACAAGUCACUAUAAAGUAAUAAUUUGUUAUCAUAAUUGAUUAAUUUGAUUUCCCUCCCCCAGCAAAUGCAAAAUGUGUAGAAUUUUUGAUUGCUGUUGAUGGAAAUCCAUGGGUUUGGGUACUAGGAGAAGAUGAUGAUGACAAACAAGAUUUUGAGGCAGUUUUGAAGAGUAAGUGAAUUAAUAUGCUUCCCUGCUUAAUAUAUACAAAACUUGGCUUGUUUGGAACAACAGCUUGUUUUUAAAAGAAAUAGAACCAUUGCUGACUGUAGAGGUUGCCUUGAGGAGUAGAGUUUUUACUAUUUGUGUAAACUGAAAUUUUUGAACCUGAAGAAGUUGUGAACAGGUAAGAGAUUUUUGGAAGGUUUAUACAUUGUUGGCUGGAAUGCUUAGCCUAAAAAUGGUUCAAGGUCAUUUCGAUACAAAGUCGUUUCAAUUCAAGUCGUUUCGAUACAAGUCAAAGUCGAUCGUUACACAUGUAAAGUUGAUUUGAUACAAACUGAAGUUGUUUCGAUACAGAAGUAAGCUCGAGAAAAGUUCAGUAUUAAUGUUAGUUUUUGUCUUUUAUAUGUAUGGUAAUUUGUUAUUUUCUAUUCAACAAAUUAGCUCAAAUUCAAAUUCGAAUCGACCCAAUUCGAUCGAUCGACGUUGUUGUAAUUUCCAGUUUCCCCACGACCCAAUCGACCGAGUUGUAUUACUCGGUUUCCCCUCGCCCAAAAAGAAAAAACUCUAUGUCCGAUGGGCAGUGAGGAAGGCAGAUUAGGAGGAAGCUGGGACUUUCCAGAGGUAUGGAGGUAAAGGUUUGUUUUAUUUACAACGGAGGUUUAUAUUUGCUCUAGUGAGUAUGUCUUUAAAGGUUCGUUUGGUUCGUUUGGUCAUUUAUGUAUUGUGUAGUAUUCUGUAUCGAAACGACUUGAAGUAACGUGAGUUUGUAUCGAAUCGACUUUACAUGAGUAACGAAUCGACUUUGAUUUAUAUCGAAGCGACUUUGUAUCGAAAUGACCGGAUUCCCUGAAAAUUGUCUUUGGUGACAAUAGCAGAUUUCUCAUGAGUAAUAAAAACUUCUUAAUUCAUUCUCAUCUCCUUCAGUGAAAAGCACUCUUAACUCAUGCUACUUGCGCAGGCUAUUGGGAAGUGAUAAAAAGCAAGGAUUAUUUUAUUUCAAACUGCUCUGUACUUUCAGCUAUAAUAAUGUCACUAUCAACAAUUUUUUAGAGAAGGAAUUAGAAGCUCUGGCUGAAGAUGAAAAGAAGGCAAAAGAACUUGCACAUAAAGAAAUGGAAGAGAUAAAAAGAAAGGAACUUGAGAGGCAGGAGGAAGAAAGGAAACUGAAGGAAGAAGAGGCGAGGUUGGCCAGGGAAGCGGCUGCAAGAGAAGCUGAAAAGAAAAGACUUGAAGAGGUCAGGAAAGAUGCAAACUCAGGGUUUAAUAACUUUGCGAAGUCUACUUAUAGUAUGUUUUCAUAACAUGUAGUUAUGUUUCGUCAGCUCACUUGUUCUUGGCUAUCAUCUUCUUUUUUCGUACUUUGCAGUCCCUUUUUAUCAAAUGAGUUGCAGGAUCUUUUUGGUAAUUCAUAAUCUUGGGUUGGCUUUGGGAGAAUAUUAAGGCUGAUGCUUAUUUAUAUGCACAAUUGGUUACUGUAUAAAUGACUGUACAUACAUGAAAAUCAUAUAUGUGAACUGCGGUUGAAGAAACGAAUAUGGAAGUGAUCCUCGCAGUUCUGAACACUACUGAAGUAGUAGUGAAAAUAGGGCCAAAAAAAAAUUUAAGGCCCGUGCGGGAUUUGAACCCAUGGCCUCUGCCCAUGACCCAUGACCUCUGCAAAACCGGUUUCACCGAGGUCAUAGGUUCAAAUCCCGUACGGGCCUGAAUUUUUUCAGGCCGUAUUUUCUCUACCACUUCAGUAUGUUCAUAACUGCGCGGAUCGCUUCCAUAUUCGUUGAUUACUGUAUGUUUAAGCUUCUUUAAGAACUCUUUUCCUUGAAGAACCACCACUUUUAAAUUACAGUCGCAUUUUACGUUGUUUAGGAAAGGGGGUUUUUUUGGAUGCAAUUUUAUUUGUCGUCAAUAAGUUUUUUUUUUUUUUUUGAGGGAAAUAAGAAGCAUCGCUCUCAGCAUUUGCCUGUUUUAGACCAAACGAAGUGAUUUAUUUCAUGUUGAUGCCACAGGAAGCAAGACUAGCUGCUAAAAAAGCGGAAGAACUGAGGAAGGAGGAGGAAAGGAAACGUCAAGAAGAGGAGAGAAAGAAAAGAGAAGAGGAAGAACGCAGGAGAGCAGAGGAAAGAAGGAAAAAGGAGGAGGAGGAAAAGAGACAAGCUGAGGCAAGAGAGAAAUGGAAGGCAGUUGAAGAAAAACGAAAAGCCGAAGAAGAGAAGAGAAGAAUUGAAUUGGAGAAAAGAAAGCAAGAGGAAGAACUCGCUCGAAAGAAAGCAGAAGAGGCUGAAAGAAGAGCUGAAGAAGAGAGAAAAGCAAGGGAAAGAGCUUUGGAGGAGGCAAGAAGAAAGAAGCAAGAGCAGGUGACAAGAUUUCUUUUGGUUUUAAAUUGUUACUAUGUUUGAUAUUUGAAUUCACAGUCAAAUACCUUUCCCUAGGGAAGAAACGUAUAGUAUUACUUUUUGGAACUCCUUCCAUUCAUUUCCCAUUUUUUUUUUAUGAAAGUCGUUACGCAUUUUCAAGCCACAAGUGAUUACCUACGCAUCAACUUCACCAGACAAUCCGACUCAAAAGCCCUUCGUCUUGAAACGACAAGGUCAAAUUCUCUCCAAACCCCCCCCUCCCCCAAAGGUGCGAUUUGAUGAGCGCACCGAGCAUUUUUGAGUUGUGUAUUUAACGUGCCUUAAAGAAAACCAAAACCCUUAUUAUGUAGCAGCACAGUUUUGCGUGACAAUCGUUUCAGCUUUGAUUCUUUGACGCAAGCUGUUUACUUUGAUCUUGAGUUAUGGGGGAAUCUGUGUAGUCUUUGCUGAAUCAAAGCUAAGUGCUCGAUGGAAUUUGAACUUUUGUUUUAUCGUGUUGUAGGAAGCGCUUGAAAAAGCUCGAAAACUGGUAGAAGAGAAACGAAGGGUAGAAGAACAACAAAAGGAAGCAGAGAAAAAACAAAGAGAGGUGAUAGAGCGCUUACAACAAAGAAAGGCAGAGAAAGAACGCCGAGAUAAGGAACUGUUGGAAAAUGAAUCUAAACGAGCACAAGAGAUAUAUGCGAGCUUGAGAAAGGCACGAGAGGCGCUAAAAAAGAAAGAGGACGAUCAAAUGCAAAAAGAGGAGGCAGCAUGGAAGGAACAACAAAAGAAAGCUGACGAUGAAGAAAACCGAAGGAGAAGCUCUGUUAGUGUAGCGCGGAGGGAAGUCUUAAGAGAGCGAGAGGAGGCGAAGAGGAGAAGCAUGAUUGAGCCGACACGAAGGAAAUCAGUUAGUGCAAAACCACAGAGACCACCGCCACCCGUACCUUCAAGGUAUGCGUAUGGUGUCUCCAGGUUGUAAGUGUCCUUCAGUAUAUACUGUGGCUGUGUUAGUCAGAUCUCCGUACAUAUCAUUAUGGGAGACUGUUCCUCUAUUUCACGCGCCUCUUACACAUUAGAUUUCCUUGGAUUUAGAAGUAGCCUAAGUGCUCAUUUCCGGAUAAUUACAAAGCGAAGAGAAUUCUCAAGAGAAUACCUUGUGUAAAGGAUGACCAAAGCCAAAAAUGUUGAAAGGAAUGACUCGUUAUGACUGAAUUGCUGUUGUUGUUAUGUGUUAAAUAUUGUUGUUUAAAUCCACAGACCCAGUGAUGUCAAACCUGCGGCUCCCCCCAGACCUCCUCUGCCAAGCAAUACUACUCCUCUCAGGCCAAGAAGGAGCGUCAAACCAAAAAGUAAAAAGAACGUUAUCGAGUGGUUUCGGCAAGAAGAGCUAGCUAAGAGAAUUUGUUACGACGGCGAUCAGAUACUACCUUAUUUUCACGGUGAGAAUCGGAGCUUUGGGAUGUGUAAAUACUUAAAGCAGGUGUACAUAGACUGUGUGGGAGUCUGUAACUAUUAUCGCUGGGCAGAACAAUUACAACUAUUUUAUACUUUACUUUUUUUCAAUAUUUUGUUUGUGUGACUUCAGUUACUGUCUGCACAUAGACUGUGUGGGAGUCUAACUAUUCUCGCUGGGCAGAGCACUUUAGAACUACUUCAUAUUUUACUUUUUUCACUAUUUGUUUGUGGGAUUUCAGUUACUAUCUUCGGGAAUAAUAAUAAGACAUCAAACAGUCAGUUUACAUAAGCUGAGAUGUUGUCGACUACUAGUGUGUGAAGGAAAAGUUAUUUGCCAGUCGCAAAGUAGACCAACCUGUGAUGUAUCUUCUUUUUUUUUUCUUUUUCAGGAAUAAUCUCCCGACAGGAUGCUGAAAAUUUGCUCGUCAAUAAACCACCGGGGUCGUUUUUGGUUCGCGUGAGCGAGAGAGUUUGGGGUUAUACUAUAACUUACCGUGCACCGGAGCGCUGCAAGCAUUAUCUGGUCGACACCAGUGAAAACACUUACCAGUUUUUUGGCCACAAUCAGAUCGCUCAUGAGACUCUAAAAGAUUUAGUGGAAUUUCAUAAACAGAGACCAAUCACUGGAGUGGGACAAGAACUUUUGAAAAUCCCUUGUGGUCAGGACUGCAAUCCCCCAGAUUAUCAAGAGCUUCUUCCUCCUACACAGAAGUCUGAUUCUUUCUCCACAAAAUUUUAAUAGUCAACCAAUCAAGAGAUGUAUGGGGAGAGCAUCCAUGGUGCAUGUAGAAGGGACAACAGGUUGUUUAAAAGCCAACCAAACAUGGUUAUGUUGCCGACAGUGUGUCAGCGGUGAACACCUUACACUUCUCCCUACAUUUAGCUAUUGUUAGUUAUUUGCAUCAAAUCACGAUAAAUUUUCACGGGGUGGUUCAAAAUUUAUUUUCCUUGCUUAGCUUACCUUCCUUAGCCAUGCACUAAUUGUGUUUCAGUGGUCACUAUGAAAUUUAAAUUCCCCUGAGCUUUUUUCCACUCAGAAAGAGGUAUGGAAAUUGGGGCCUCCUUCCUUCCUUGAAAGUUUUUGAAACGGAUGGGUGUUUGCGUUCAGUGGUUUGUUGUCUCCUUAAUUUCUUCAUUAGCAGAAAGACCUUAGUUGUAAGUGACUAUUGUUUAGUUGAGAGUCAUUUUAUGAUUCCUCUCUUUUGCUUUCUAUUUAAUAUCAACCGAAGUAAAUUGUAAAAAAAAAACAAGCAAACAAUAUCAUUAAGCCCCAUUUGCAUCUAAAUGGAGCGGUGAGGACUUUUGAAAAUGAAGCAAAUAUGCCAAAUUAUAACCUUUAUAACUAAAAAUUUAUUAGGAAAUUAACGAAAAAUCCCUGAAAUUAUGCUCAAUUGAAAGAGCACAAUAGAUCUUUGAAAAUUCGUUUUAUAAUGAUUCCAGUUGAGCUGAACUGUAACAUUAAUGAGACCUGCGGCGUGAAGUAGAUAGCUUUAGCGUCAAUAUUGUUGCAAUUGCAAGGAAACCGAAACUAUUUUGAUGUGCACGCAAAAGUCAAAUACAUAGCUUUAAAAGAAAUAAACUUAAACAUGUGAAACUCGCCGAUUUUCGUUAAGAAAAAGAGAUGAUGUGAUAUUGCGAUAUUCAAUUGGAUUGGAAAAAAAUCUUAAUUUUAUAAUCAGAUUUGAUUUUACAACGCCCUUGUUUGAAAUACGUAGUGACCUCGUAUUGCAAUUAGUUCUCACUGACAAGGUCAACUUACUCUGUAUUUUCAGAUUACUUUAUUUUUCUUUGUUGAAACUUCUUGACAGCAGAGAAACUGAUUUGAUAAGCCUGUGGUUUAAAGGUCAAGGUACUUUUUAGUUAGAGGAUAAUCUUUCCUUCACCCUCUUUAUUGGGGGAACAACUUUGCGCCAAUAAUUACGGAUUUAAACUGAAAUCUUUCCUGAUGAUUUCUCAGCGAAAUCGCUGUUAUCCAACCGGGAAAGAAGUAUUUCAUAGCCCUGAAUAAUAAAUAAAGAGAAUCUG